ACUCAUCCCACCGCGUAUCAUCCCAUCACACCUCAUCCCAUUGCACCGCAAAGCGAGGCCUCAACGGUCAGCAUGCCCAGGGAAAGGGGCCGUCGAAGGUCAUCUGGUCGCCGCUUCCGCACCGCCCAUGCCGAGCUAUCCUUCUCCAUGAGACACAUGAAGCGCCGCCUGAACUCGUCUGCACCCAUCUUUCUAGCAGCCAUUAUGCAGCACCUAACUGCCAAGGUCCUGGGGCUGGCAGGCAACAAGGGCCAGAACAGCGGUCAGAAGCACAUCACCCCAGAGCUCGUGGGCACGGCGGUCCACCACAACGCUCUGCUCAAUGGCUCUUUUGGGAUGACAACCAUCUCCCUGCUGGCCCCAGCCUGGCACCAGCUGCUCAACCCUGGGUCCUGGGUUCCAGGCCCCGGGUGCCCGGGCCCUGGACGGGCCUCCCCCUAG